CGCAGCUCACCUUCCUGGUGAUGCGUCCCUGCGGAAGGCAGGAGGAAGCUGCGGCCGACAGCGUCCUGAGGCAGGCUCCUGCCCUGGGGGGCAGUGCCGGGGCGGGCAAGCCUGUUAGGUAUCCUUGUGAAGCGGCGGGGGAUGGAGAGGAGGAAGCGGGGGAGGACGAAGCCGACCUGCUGGACACUUCGGACCCUCCGGCGGGAGGCGAGAGCACGGCUAGUUUGGAGGACCUGGAGGAGGAAGAGACCCACUCUGGGGGCGAGGGCGGCAGCAGGGGAGCCCGGAGGCGGGCCAGAGGCGGGGGCAGCAUGUGCAAGACCUGCGAAACCACGAGCCAGGUGGCCAAGCUACGCAAGCCGUGGAUGUGCAAGAAGCACCGCAACAAGAUGGACAAGGACAGACAAGGUGGAGCCGCCCCAGCUGGCAGUGCGGGGAACGUCAAACUGGAGGAACGUGCAGAUAGUGUUCCCUUUACCACCAGUGACAUCUUGAAUUGGAAACAUCACACCCCAGCUUAUUCUGAAAAACCUCAGGCCAUGAUAGACCUCCUAGAAAUGAUCUUCCAGACCCAGAAGCCCACCUGGGUGGACUGCAAGCAGCUCCUUUUCACGUUCUUUAACACUGAGGAGCACAUGAGAGUAGUAACAGAGGCUCAGAAGUGGCUCCAGACACAGGCCCCGGCAGGAAUAUUAGAUACAGACAGAUGGGCGAGGAAGGCCUUCCCAGAUGAGGAACCCAAUUGGAACCCGAACUCAGAAGAUGGAAGAACCGGGCUAGAAAGAUAUCGGCUGGCCUUCCUCCAAGGGGUCAGGGCCGGAGCCAAGAAGCCCACCAACAUGGCUAAAAUCUCUGAGGUCUUCCGGAAGCUUGAUGAAAGUUAUCGGGUGUCUAAGAAAAAGGCACAGAUUUUUCAGAAAGAAGUCAAGUAUCUAGGCUUCCGGAUCACCCAAGGGAAACGAAGGCUAAGGACUGGAAGGAAGCAGGCAGUAUGCGCCAUCCCAGUCCCUAGCACCCAGCAGCAGAUUCGGGAAUUCCUGGGAGCGGCAGGAUUCUGUCGAAUUUGGAUCCCAGGGUUUUCAGACCUGGCCAAGCCUCUCUAUGAAGCUUUAAGAGAAGUCUGA